AUGACGUCCACUACUGACAGCGGCGCCGCCGUCUCCUCCCUCGUCGCCAGCUAUGAGAAGACACUAUCACAGGUCUCCGUCAAGGCUGUCGGCUCACAGCUUGCAUUGAUGACUGGCAUAUCAAUAGCCACCCUCCUAGCAUUCAGUUUCUUCAGACCCCGCGAGAAAAAGGUGUAUGCUCCCAAAAUCAAAUACCAACUGCCAAGACCCGAAGACCUUUCAGAAGAUCCCGAUUAUGAACCGCCUCCGCCUCCCAUAUCAAAUGGUUUCUUUGCGUGGUUCAGCCCGGUGCUGCACCUGAAGGAGGAAGCCAUGGUUGCCAACAUUGGUCUCGACGCCGCCACCUUUCUGCGCUUCCUGCGAAUGCUCCGCAACAUCUUUUCAUGCGUCUCGGUCCUCGGUGUGGCGCUGCUAAUCAUCAACAUUGUCUACAAUCUCAAGAAUGUGGACAGCAGUAACCGGAAUGCGCUCAGUCUUACGACUAUCGCAGACGUAGAGGGAGGGUGGAUGUGGCCGGCUGUGGGUGCGAGCUAUGUGAUCAACGCUAUCGUCAUGUUCUUUAUCUGGCGCAAUUGGCAGCAAAUGGUCAUCCUCAGAACGCGCUGGUUCCGCUCCCCUGCCUACCAGACCAAAAUCUACUCUCGAACCCUCAUGGUCAGCCACGUCCGCAAAGAUUUCCGCUCGGACGCCGGCCUCCUUUCCCUCAUGGGUCUGCUCAAAGUAGAUGGCAUCAAGAUUGGUCCGCAGAUCGAGGCGACUUGUAUUGGAAGGAGACUGCAAGACUUUCCAGAGAUGGUAGAGAAGCAUAAUGACGCGGUAAAGGACUUGGAGAAGCAUCUUGUCAAAUACCUAAAGAAUGGUCAAGUUGGGACAAAACGGCCCACAGUCCGAAAGGGCGGCUUCCUCGGUCUCCUUGGUGGUACCAAGAAGGACGCUAUCGACUAUUACGCCAAAGAGAUCAAACACCUCCGAGACAAGAUUGAUGCCAAGCGCGCCGCCAUCGACUCUCUCAUCCGCAAAGAGCGCCAUGCUCGUAAAGCUAAAGGCGGCAAAGGUGUCGUGUCUCGUGUGGAAGGCGAAAACUAUGGCUUUGUGACCUUCAAGACUAUUGCGGAAGCCCAUCGAAUUGCCAGGGCGCAUAGGGGCAAGCUAAAGGAGCUUUUCGGAGCGAGCUUGCAGUUGGCGCCCAUGCCGCAUGAUAUUGUGUGGGAGAAUAUCUCCAAGGAACCCGCAGAGCUUGGAACGAGGAGGACUUUUGGGUGGGGCUUGAUUGCCAUCAUCUGUUUCUUCAACACCAUUCCUCUCCUUGUCGUGUCUUUACUCGCAAACUUGUCUGCAUUGACCGUCUACGUCACCUUCCUCGAGUCCUGGAAAGAUGCCGGUAACUGGGGAAACUGGACCUUCUCCCUUGUCUCUGGUAUCCUCCCGUCCGCCGUCGCUGCAAUCUUUGGCUACCUCCUCCCGCUUGUCAUCCGCCGGGUCUCCAGAUACCAAGGCGCGCCCACCCGCUCCCGCCUCGACCGAGCCGUCGUCGCCCGUUACUUUUCCUUCAUGAUCAUUUCCAACUUGUUUAUCUUUUCCUUGUUGGGAGUGGUCUAUGCGGCGAUAGCGAGGGUUGUGGUGCAGAUCGGCAAACACCAAAGCUUUUCGACAAUCAUCAAAGGGUUUGACGAUAUCCCGGAUCAAAUCCAGGGCACGUAUGUGCAGCAGUCUACUUAUUGGUUGACUUGGCUUCCUCUGCGAGGCUUUUUGGUCAUAUUCGAGCUCAUCCAGUUGAUCAAGCUCGCUCUCGUGUCUAUCAGGAGGUUCAUGUUUUCGUAUACCCCUCGUGACAUUCGCGAGAUGACCAAGCCGCCUUUCUUUGAGUAUGCCAUUGUCGUCGUCAACUUGAUGUUCAUCACCGCUGUCGGUCUGAUUUAUGCACCGCUCGCGCCGCUAGUCGCUAUUGGCGCGACAUGUGUCUUUUGGUUCUCUUCCGUCGUGUACAAGUACCAGCUGCUCUACGUCUACAUUUCUCGAGCCGAGAGCGGCGGCAGGAUGUGGAACGUCUAUGUCAAUCGUCUUUUGGCAUGCUGCGUUUUGAUGCAGCUGCUGAUGGUGCUCACUACCGGUCUGAUCCGUUCGCGCUGGCUCGACUGUAUCGCAGCGGCCCCUCCCGUGCUCAUCAUUAUCGCCUUCAAAGUCUACAUUACCCGCACCUCCGAGCACAAGUUCCGCUACUACGAGCCCACUGCCGAAGAGCAAGAGCAAGAAAAGCUCGAGCUCAUGUCGGGCGAAAAGAAGCGCACCAAGCACUCGGAUAUGGAGAAGCGAUUUCUACACCCUGCUUUGCAGCACAACAAGCUGUUCACGGUGAUGGUGCACAAGCAGCAGGAAGUGGUGGCGAGGGAGGUUCUGAGUGCGUACCCGUGGUUUGCGGGCAAGCACGAGCACGAUGGGGUGGAGAUCAGGGCUGUGCGCGAGGAAAAUCUCGAGUACAAUCCGGAUCGCGACGGUCCGGCCGACGAGAUCCACCAAGCCGACUGGGACGCGCGCUCUGUCGCGUCAACGGAUAUGCUCAGUACACUCGGAAGCAGAAGCAACUAUCCGUCUCCUGGGUUGGAAGACUACAAGCAGUAUCCCUUGCCGCUUGUCGAGUCGUCGCCUUCGCUCCAUCCUUCUGUCCCGCUGGAUAAUCCGUCGACGGAUCGGCUUUUGAUGGACGGGAGUAGGUCAGAGUUCUAUGGAGGACCGCAGAGAAAGGCCAGCAGGCCUUAUCCCGCGCCGGUGCAUAACAGGGACGUUUCGGAUCUGGACAUGGCAGAUGCGGCCUCGCCUUUGCUAGGACAAGAUCCGUGGGGCGGACCAAACCAAGGCCAAGGUGUGCCCUACCCGCCAUCUGCUUAUACGCAGCCGCCUCUGGGGUAUGUGCCUCCUACAAUGAGGCGAGCGGCGUCGGGCCACUCGGAGGAGGAUGUGGGGGUGACGAGGUGGGAUGGCGGGGAGCGAGAGCGUAGGCCUGCUCUUUCGCGCGAGACGUCGUCGGAUUCUGUCGGGUAUGCUGCGGCCCGCGGGGGUCAGCAGGGGUAUGGUAGUAGGGGAUACCCAUCGAGUGGGUACUAG